CCAUAAAGAUGGAUGAUUGGGAGAUUCAAUAGUAUAUAAGUGAUGACCAAAACUCAGUCUUCUUCUCUCCAUAGCAUUCUACCUGCUCUGCAAAAGUCCACGCUCAACUAAAUGCCAAAUCCUCUCAUUCUCACUCUCACCUAACCAGCAAGCAUGUCGUCAACGGCGUCAUCUUCUUCACAAAAGAAAGAACCCGGACUCAUGAAAUUCACUACUUCCUCCUAUCGAAACUGGAUCUACGACGUGUACGUGAGCUUCGACCGUACCACCAACAAAUUCGUCUCGGAUCUCUAUGCAAGGCUCAGCGCUGCAGGGGUUCGCGUCUUCAAGGACGAAAUGGAGCCCCGAAGCGGAGACCAGCUCCUGUUCAAGGCAAUCGAAGAUUCUAGAAUCUCCAUCGUGGUUUUCUCCAGAAGCUAUGGGGAUUCGAAGUGGUGGUUGAAGGAAUUGGAGAAGAUAAUGGAGUGUCGGAGCAGCAAGGGUCAGAAGGUUGUGCCGGUGUUCUACGGUGUUGAUCCGUCGGAAGCUGGGGCGGCGUUCGCAUACCGGGAACCGCUCAGGGAAGCUGCUUGCCUUCCGGGUUUUGUUACAUAUAUCAGCAGGGAGAGAGAUGAAGCCUUAGACAAUAUUGUUGAACAUAUCACUGCCUUUUUAGGUGGUAAGGAUCACUGGUUCACUCUGCCGAAUGUAGAGAAAUUGCAACCUCGGGUGCAGGAUUUAAUUCAAGUUCAACUGUUGAAUUAUGAUAAAGUUUUAAUACUUGGGAUAUGGGGAAUGGCAGGCAUUGGUAAAACAACCAUUGCCAUGGCUCUUUAUAAUCAAAUCUGUUACAGAUUCCAGAGGAGGAUGUUUGUUGACAAUAUCAGCGAGAGAUGUGAGCAGCAUAGUAUAGUUUCUUUACAGGAAGAGCUUUUUUCUUGUAUCUGCAAAACAACAGAAGAAACAAAAGAAGAAGCAAAGAAAGAAGCAACAAAAGAAACAACAGAGGAGACAACAAAAGAAGCAGUGGAAGAAGCAACGGAAGAAGAAAGGGAAGAAACUACUGCAGAAAAAGCAAAGAUUCAUGACAUUGAAUCAGGAAAGCUUUUAUUAAAGAAAAAUCUCAGCAAUAAAAAAACGCUUCUUGUUCUAGACGAUGUGACUGAACGAGACCAUUUAGAGGCUUUGUGCGGAAGUCGCGAGUGGUUUGGUCCUGGAAGCACAAUAAUCAUCACCACUAGGGAUAGGAGUAUGCUCAAGGACGCUGAUGAUAUAUAUACAGUGAAAGGAAUGAAUUAUGAUGAAUCUAUUGAGCUAUUUUGUUGGCACGCAUUCAAGAAUAAGGAAAUUCCUGCAGAAGAGUAUCGCGAACAUGCAGAAUCUAUAGUUGAGUAUUGUGGGGGAGUACCACUUUUUCUUGAAGUAGCUGGAUCCCAUUUAUAUGGAAAGAUGAUAGAAGAGUGGGAGCCUGCAUUGGAAGAACUUGAGGAAAAUCCUCCUUAUAAAUUGCAGAGGUUUCGACAAGUUAGCUUUGAUAGUUUAAGAGAUGACUCACUGAAGAAGAUAUUUCUUGAUAUAGUUUGUUUCUUUGUUGGUAUGAACUGGAACCAUGUUGUGAAAAUAUUGAAUGGCACUGGACAUAAUGGAGAAAAGGCCUUAACUGCCCUUGAAGAUAAAUGUUUAGUAACUGUUGAUGGCAACCAGCUUCAAAUGCAUACCUUGAUAGAAGAAAUUGGAAGAGAAAUCGUUGAUGAGGAAUCACGUCUUACUCCCAAGCUAAGUACCUAUGAUGUAUUCUUGAGUUUCCGAGGAAAAGAUACUCGUGCAACAUUCACUUCACAUCUCCAUGCGGCUCUAGAAAAUGCUGGAUUUUAUGUUUUCAAGGAUGAUGUUCAACUUCCAAGGGGAGAAUGGAUAUCAAUCUCACUACUGGAAGCAGUGAGAGACUCCAGAAUGUCUAUUAUUGUGCUGUCUACAAAUUAUGCUGGUUCAAAAUGGUGUCUGGAAGAGUUAGAGAAUAUAAUGCAGCUUCAAAGAACCACGGCUCACACAGUCGUGCCAAUAUUCUACGGUGUAGAUCCCUCCGAAGUACGUCACCAAAGUGGUGUAUUUGGACAAAAAUUUAAUGAUCUUUUAAGAAGUCAUCCAGUGGAGGAAGACAAGGAGAAAAGUUGGAGGACAUCACUCCGUCAAGUUGGUAGCCUUUCAGGAAUUGUUGUGGUAAAUUCCAGGAAUGAGUAUGAGGAUAUCAAGAAGGUUGUUGAAGAUGUUACUCAUUUGCUUGACAAGACAGAAUUGUUUGUUGCAGACUAUCCGGUGGGAGUAACAUCUCGUGUGCAAAAUGUGAUCAAUCUAUUGAUGGAACAACAAUCAAAAGAUGUUUUACUUCUUGGGAUAUGUGGCAUGGGAGGACUUGGUAAAACAACCAUUGCCAAAGCUCUUUAUAAUCAACUUAGUCGCAAAUUUGAUUGUAAGUGCUUCCUACUAAACAUCAGGGAAGUUUGGGAGCAAGAUAAUGGUCAAGUUUCUUUACAAGAUCGUCUCCUUUCUGAUAUUUACAAAACAACAAAGAUACCGAUACGUAGCACUGAAUCAGGAAAACUUGAAUUGAAGAAUCGACUUUGCCACAAAAGGGUACUUCUUGUUCUUGAUGAUAUAGAUAAAGUGGAACAAAUGAAUGCAUUGUGUGGAAGUCAUGAAUGGUUUGGUUCCGGAAGCUGUAUAAUCAUCACAACAAGAGAUGAGCAUCUGGUUAAAAUGCGUGGCGUUGAACCUAUAAUUUAUAGAUUGGAUGAAAUGGAUGAUAGUGAAGCUAUUGAGCUUUUUAGUUGGCAUGCAUUCAAGCAAGCAUAUCCAGACACAAAUUUUUCUGUCCUUACCAAAGAUGUAGUUGCAUAUUCUUCUGGACUGCCACUUGCUCUGGAGGUUCUUGGGUCCUAUUUGUGUGAUAGGGAAAUCGAAGUGUGGAAGAAUGCUUUGGAGAAACUUAAAAGGAUUCCCAAUCAUAAAAUACAGGAGAAGCUAAGAAUAAGUUUUGAUAGUCUUAGUGAUGAUACUGAGAAAGAGAUAUUUCUUGAUAUAGCAUGCUUUUUCAUUGGAAUGGACCGAAGUGAUGUUAUUCAGAUAUUAAAUGAUUGUGGACUUUUCGCUGAAAUCGGAAUCAGUGUCCUUAGAGAGCGAAGCCUUGUAACUGUUGACAGCACAAACAAUCUUGGAAUGCAUAAUUUGCUAAGGGACAUGGGAAGAGAAAUAAUUCGCGAGGAAUCACCAGAUGAACCUGAGAAGCGUAGUAGAUUAUGGCUUCAUGAGGAAGUCCUUCAUGUAUUAAAAGAAUACAAGGGAACUACAACUAUCACAGGACUGGCUUUGAAGUCACCAAGGACGAAUCCAAUUUCAUUGAGCACAAAGGCAUUUGAAGAGAUGAAUAAACUCAGAUUGCUUCAGCUCGAAAAAGUACAACUUGAUGGAGAUUUCAAAUAUAUUUCUAGAGAUCUUAGAUGGAUGAGUUGGCAUGGAUUUCCUUUGAGUCACAUUCCUAAAAACUGCUGUCAGAAAGGUUUAGUUGCCAUUGAGUUGGAAUAUGGCAAUCUCAAAAUAGCAUGGAAGCAGGCUCAGUUGUUGAAUAAGCUGAAAAUUCUGAAUCUCAGUCAUUCUCAUCAAUUGAGAGAAACUCCAGACUUUUCAUACUUACCUAACCUUGAAAAGCUAAUACUGGAAGAUUGUUCGAGUUUGUCUUCAGUUUCCCAUACCAUUGGACAUCUCAAUCAACUUCUUCUGAUAAAUCUGAAAGAUUGUAAAAGCCUUCGUAGCCUUCCGCGAAGCAUCUAUAAGUUAAAGUCACUCAAAACUCUCAUUCUUUCUGGAUGCUUAAUGAUUGACAAGUUGGAAGAGGACAUGGAACAGAUGGAAUCUUUGACAACCUUGAAGGCAGAAGACACUGCUAUAACACAAGUUCCAAAUGCACUAGUAAGAAUGAAAAAUAUUGGUUAUAUAUCUUUGUGUGGCUUUGAAGGAUUGGUUCGGGAUGUUCUUCCAUCUAUCAUUUGGUCAUGGACCUAUCCAACAAAUAAUGUGUCAUCUCUGUUUCAAAAUACUCUCUAUCAUCUAUCAUCUAUGAUCAGAAAACUUCCAAAGCGUAGUAGUCUUUUGUUGGAAUCCGGUCUGCAACUUGAGAUACCUGAAGAUGUGGUCUUGAAAACAUUAGAUGCUACAAAUUGCAAGAUAACUAAUCUUGAUGAAAAUGCUUCCGUCGAUGAUAUCACAGAAGAUGAGAAUGUGACUGUUUUGGAUUCUGAUGAUAUGGAGACCGAUAUGAAUGAGAAUGUUUCUGAUUUUGAAGAUAUGGCAGUUGACAGAAAUGCUGUUGUUUCUGAUAUGCUAACAGAUAAAAGCAUUGAUAUCAUUUCCAAUGGAGGCGAAAGUAGAAUUAGCAGAUUCUCCAGACUUCGUUCUCUUGUUCAUGUUGUUCUAAAGGCACGACUAUUUUGGUUUGGUUUUAUUGCUGUCCUAAUUUGGAUCACAUGCAGUUAUUCUGAAAAUCAACAAUGUUCAACCUCAUUUCAAGUAUGUCAGCACACACCCACUUUUAAGGAAGCAGAGGUAAUUCCCAAUAAGCAAGUAAUGAAGUUGUUAGAGGAGGAAAGUAAAAGAAAGAGUAAACUCUCAUAUAGUCGAAGAGUUGUGGAGCCUUCCCCGGAAAGUAAAAACAUCGAAGCAUCGGCAACCAUCAAGAACUCCAGGCCAAAGUCUAAAGGAGAUAUGCCUUUAGUUAAGACAUAUCCACCUGCAAUUGCUUCAUUAUCUAACUCUCAAGAGAUGUCAGACAAUUCAGAGUAUGAUAGCAAUACUCAAAAUCAAGAUGAACUGCUUCAGACUCUUUUUGCUUCAAAUCCUAAAGAUGAUGAACUUGCAUUGAUUGCUGAUCCUACAUCACUAAUCAUCACUCAAGAAGACAAUGAUUUGCUUGCAGAACUAGAACAAAUCUUGUCAGAGAGCUAUGUCUUGUCCGCGAAUAAGGUCACUUCUGCUACUUCUGUUUCAGAACUUCAAAGUCUUCCAUUGAUUGCAGUCAUUCAAAAAGUACAACUACUUUUGGAUAAUGAACUAGAAGCUUUGGUAGCAGAUAAUGACAUUAGAAAACAGCUUCUUGACUACUUAGCUCAUCUGGUUCAAAUGAAGUCACAAGUCCCCACAAAUCUUCAGAAGUUGGUCAAGGAGAUUAAGGAAUUUUAUGAAGGUUUUCUUGGUAACUUUCCACCUAUUCAAGAAGUCUUGGACAAUCAUCAAAGGUUAAUUGACACCAAGAAUAGACUUGAGGGGGAGCUCGAAAUAGCCAAGGCAAAGCAGGCUCAUUUUUCUACUUCAAUUUCUAAAGGGAAAGUGAGGAUCAAUGAGAUGUCAAAAGAGAUCAAUGAGUUGCAGGUGAAACUUAAAGCCUUAUAUGACAAGAGAGACAAAUUAAAAUCCACUGUGAAACUUUGUGAGGUUGAAACUAUAAACAUCAAUAGGAAAGCUGUCACUUGGGUGAAAGAAACUGAAGAGGUUGUGAGCACUCUUAAGGCUUCAGAGUCUGCCUUCAAAAAUGCUGAAUCUUCAAAACAUAAUUAUGAGAGGAAGCUAAGUGAAUUGAAGCGAGCUCUUGGGAAAAUUAAACAUUAGAAUAUUCUUCAUUUUGUAAUUAUUCCUUCAGAAAAUCUCUACAUCCAAGUCAUUUAUUUAACCAAGUCCAACCAAUUUGUUAUAAUGUGUUUC